AGAAUGGAUUCCGUUUCAGUCGCGUGGCUUUUGAUUAUGUCCGAGGCCGUCCAGACAAAAAAGAGAACAAACUUUAAGGUCGUUACUACCAUGCCACUGCACAAUCGCAUACGUAGUAUGCACGUGACAACUCAUCAUCAGUCAGCAGUCUCAGCCAUCUGUGCAUCUCUCGCUACGAGUCCCUUGGCAGUAACUCCAUCCCUUACUGUAGUAUAGUACCGUGCCCGCGUCCAGCGGAAGACUCAGUGUCACUAAUGUACAACGCCAUAUCAACGAGCGUGUACACCUGGGUGAUGUGUUCUACUGGAUCUUCAUGUGCACUCUCACGUAACAGGCCUCACGCUCCGUAAGAUGAGACGUGCAUAGUCGAGGCCUGUACUCAUGCUUAGUCUCUAUCCCCACCAUAACAUAUCUGCUUUCUUAAAUAUUCAUACAGCACAUACGACUAUGCGAGGAUUCCAGUCACAAAUCCACUGAUAAAGUGCGAUGUGCAUAUCAAUUCACAAUGGCAGCCUGUUUUGCAACGUAAUGUGAUGAAAUACUGCAAAGUUCGCGAUCACCUGCAGCUCGCACACAUUGUCUAGGGAGUGGAUGCUCACAUCCGUCUGAAUGUGCGGGAGUUUAGUCUCCGCGAAGCCGGUGAUGUUCAACGAAACAUUGCCGCUGGAUUCCACAGAGGAUGUGGCGAUCUUGCCGUAGGCCAGUGCUUCGAUGCUAUCGUUAUAGCUGAGCUGCUAGCUGUGGGCGGUUCGUCCGAGCAGCAUCCCGG